AUGAGCGGCGGCCGCAGCGGCCGGGCGGCGGUGAAGAUGGAGGCCCCGUUCUACCCCGAGGAGGGGCUGGAGCUGCUGCCCGACUUCGUGCCGCUCCCCGGCUUCGGCAGCGGUCCCGGGGCUGGGGCGGAGGCGGCGGGGCACAAACUGCUGCUCGGGGCCGGUAAGAAGCGGGAGAUGGCGGCGGGGGCGGCCGCCUCCCCCUCGGCGCUGCCGGGGUCCUACACACUGCGGCCGCCCGGCGGCACCCGGAGCGGCGCAGCGCUCAGGCUCAUCCCCGCCGCGGCGCCCCCGGGCUCGGCAGCGGGGGGAGGAGCCGGCGGCAGGGGCGGCCCGGAGGCGGCUCUGUUGGCGGCCGGGUCCCCUGCGGAGCUGCCGCUGCUGAAGCUGCCGCCCGCGGCGGACCUGGAGCAGCUGCUGAUCCAAGGCAGCCCCGGCCUGGGCCCCGCCAGCCCCUGCCCCGCCGCCGCCCCGCCCCCCGCGGCCGGGCCCUUCCUCUACCGCCAGCAGGUGACGCAGGAGCAGGAGGGAUUCGCCGACGGCUUCGUCAAGGCCCUGGCCGACCUGCACAAGCAGAACCAGCUGCUGGGGGCGCCGCUGUCCCCGGGGCCCUGCCGGCCCGCCGCCGCCGACCCGCCCGCCGUCUACACCAACCUCGGCAGCUUCCACCCGGCCGGGCCGCUCAGCCCCGCGGGCAGCAGCGCCUACUCCGCCGCCUCGCCGGGCCUGCCCUUCCCCGCCCCCGCCCCGCCGGGGCUGGGCAGCGGCCGCCUCCCCGCUCCCGGCGCCGCCAGGGCCCUGGAGGAGCCGCAGACUGUGCCCGAGGCGCCUCCGCCGGGCGAGGCGGGCAGCAGCGCCCCGACGCCGCCCUCGCUGUCGCCGCUGGACGCGGAGAGCCAGGAGCGGCUGAAGGCCGAGCGGAAGCGGCUGCGGAACCGCAUCGCGGCCUCCAAGUGCCGGCGGCGGAAACUGGAGCGGAUCGCGCGGCUGGAGGAGAAGGUGAAGGCACUGAAGGGGCAGAACGCCGAGCUGGCCGCCACCGCCAGCCUCCUGCGGGCCCAGGUCAGCCAGCUGCAGGGCCGCGUCCGCAGCCACCUCUCCAGCGGCUGCCACAUCAGCGCCGCGGGCGCGCCCGCCCCGCCGCCGCCGCCGCCAGAGGGCGCCGCCGAGCCCGCCGCGCCGGAGACCAGCGCCUGCUGA